UGGGUCUCUCAUCUUUCCCUUCUCAAACUUGUUGCCUCGAGAGGUUGGUUUGGUGAACCUGGAGAGGAACCUUAUCUCUCCUUAGAUAAACUCAACUUUAAAAGAAAAAAAAAAAAAACGCCUUUCUUCAAAUGAUUCUGCAAGUGAGCCAGAUUUGAUUUUGAGUUUCAGUUUUUUCUUUUGCUUUUUUUUAUUGCUUCCUGUGUCCUCUCCUGGUCACUCUGAAAUCCUCCAUCUUGACGAGCUUGUAACCUCACCCACUCCCUGUAACUGAAGUAACUGCCAUGUCAGGCUUACAAGGAAGUCAGCAUUGCAGUGUUUGCUGGCAGUUGUCCACUGAGCACCACUCACUAGAAUCCCUUCAGUGCAUCUCGCAACCUUUUCUUGUCAUCUUUUUUUUUGGUUCUGUUUCUUGGAUUGGUGGAAUUAGAUACUGCUGAAGGCAUUUUAAUAGAUAAAGGGAAAAUAGGAAUGAAAUCAAGGUUUCAGACUGUUGAUUGAGAUACGCUAAGAGCCUUCAGUGCAAGAUAGUUUUGCUCAGAGUUAGAAGGAAGUCACAUCAUUCAAAUAAUAUGCUGUACUGGGUUACUGGACUGGAGUUUGGCACUUCAAGGGCUGACCUUCGUCUGUGUAGUUGGUUCCCAGUUGUCUAUAUAUGUUGUCAGUGAUAAUACAGGAUUUAUCUGAGACGGCCUCAGAUUGAUUCACAUCAGGAAAUGGUUUCCUAGGAGAGAUGGAGUACAAGGCUUCGUGGAAUGUAAGGUUUCCUGGAGUAAUUGUCUUUGUGGAAAAACACUUCCUGGUUUCUCUCCAAGAUUUGUCCUUGGACAUCCUUCACUUGCCCCAACUCUUCAGUAGUUUCUAUGUGGCCCAUGAACCCAGUUUUAGGACAUCUGAAUGAAGCAUAUUUUAAGACUGUCAACGCAUGUGGUUUAGGCUUGUGUAUUGUUUUUCUCUUUACUAUAGCCUACUUGUGUACAGGAUUUUUCUCUUUGAGCUCAUGGGAAGAGACCUCCAGAGAGAACUAAAUAUAUCUACCUAUUCCUUUCCAUAUAAAAUUGUAAAAAUAAUCAUGCCUAAGGCGAUUAAUUAAAUUGUGCUCUUAAUCAUUUUUUUGAUGAAAUAUUUAAUCAUGUUGCUGAGGGUUGCCCCAAGUUUUAUCUUUUAUGCUUUUCAGUCUAGGAGAGAUAAAGAUUUUACCUCUCUCAUUGAAGCACUGAAGCAGAUUUCUUUUGGGUCAUCUGCAUUUGAUUAUAUUAUCUGCAGAAGAUUACUCAUAUCUUCUUAAGGUUUUGUGUGAUAUUGUGAGCAAAAGCUCCAUAUUUAGAGGCUCUGUCCUCAGAUCUUUUCAGGAUGUUGCCUUCAGCUUAUGAAGAACAACAGAUCUGAAUUCUAGGUGGCCAUCUUUGCAGCGAGCAAAACCACACAUCUCACUUCUGCUUUUGCUGACUGCCAUGACAGUCUGCAGAGGAACAGACAGGAGGGGAAGCUGCUCGCUCAGGUCCGUGCUCUUAAAGUUAAACGCUUCCAUCUGUGUAACAAGAUAGCAGAAGCGAGCAGAGGCAGCUCCAUGCAGCUGAGCAGGACAGUCAAAGACCUUGAGGAGCACAAAAUGGUGGAUGGCUGGGCCACUGAUACUUCAGCAUGAUUGCCUGUGUCCCCUUGGCCACAGUGGGGCUGUCUGUGUGAAAUGGAGUCCUCUGUGUGGAGCGUUGGCCCAGCCUCAGCUCUGAUGCAGAAGAUAAUUCUGUCAGCCCCGAGAGAGAGACGAGACAGCAGCCAAGUGAGGUGACUAUACUAAGGGGAGGUUGAGCAGUAGACUUCCAGAGGAUUCAGAUUCAUGUAUGUCUGCAUGACUCCCAUGUCUCAUCCUCACUCAGCUACUUGAUUUCCUGGAUUCUGACUUCUGUUAUUAAAUGCAUUUUUAUUUGGUGCUUCUUGCAUUGAACACAUGCAGUAACCGGAAAAAAAAAAAUCAGCUCAGAUGAAAAGAUUCAUUUUGGGUUUUGUUAACAGAAAUGUCGAAAGCAACGAUAUAAGGAUAGUCAUUAUCUAACCUUCACACCCAGCAGCCUUUAGCAGAGGGAUUUGCCAGUCCUUUGGAUUGUUGCUUUGUGAAAAUUUCAGGCUUGAAGGUCACAUAAAUAUCUCUUGUGAUUAAAACAUAAAUGCAGAAAAUGUAAAAGGACUCUAAUCGUGAACAUUUUGAAUGGAGUAGUAUUUUCUUUUUCUCAUUUUUUUAGGGUGUUUUCACCAUGACAACCUGAAGACAGUAGCCACAUGGAAGAUGGCCAUUAAUGCUUGUCUCCUCCUAAUCUGCUUGGUCAUUAUCUUCUCUGCGAAAGAGGUCAAAUGUUGUUACCAUGUGCUCUGUGUUGCUGUCGUCCUCCUUUUCAGAAGGAACAAUCUGAGCCCUUUGCCAAGCACAAAGGCUACCCUUGGAGCAAGGUUACUUCACUAUGAUGGCCAGCUUCUUUCAUUUUCUUUGUUUCCCUGAUUUUCCAGGGAGUGCUCCCUCUUUUUAGUGAUGGAGGUAUUGCAGUGUGAUGGCUGUGACUUCCGUGCCGAGUCAUAUGAUGACUUGAAGACCCACAUUCAGGAAGUGCACACUGUUUUCCUGCAGCCUGCAGAUGCAGAUGAGUCUGACUCGCUGAAGGACGAGGAUGAAGAUGAGGAGGAAGAGGAGGAAUAUGAGGACAAGGAUGACAAGGAUGACAAGGAUUAUACACCUCCUAAAGCUGGAAUGAGCCCCAACUCUACUGACAAUUGCAACCAAACAUCGCAAAAGCAGACACCUGAAACUCAUCUGCCGUUUUACCAGUGCAAGUUCUGUGUCCGUUACUUCAGAUCGAAAUCAUUCUUAAGAAACCACACCAAAAAAGUGCAUCAUGUUGUAGAGGAAGAUUCAAAUGCAAGUAUCCCCUCACAGACAGUUAAGCAGCCCAGCUACACCGUUAUAAUGCACAAUGACAAUUCAAAAGUGUAUUCCUGUCAGUAUUGCACAUACAAAUCUCCACGCAAAGCAAGGAUAAUAAAACAUCAGCUAAUGUAUCAUAGCAAAGUUCCCUCAGAGGGCGCUGAAGAUCCUUCUGCUGAUCCUGGUGGGGAAUCUGACUCAGCUAGUGGACUUGUGAAGGGAACAUUUGCCUGCGAAUGGUGUGACUAUCAGACUGACCAGAAAGACAGCUGGACUAAUCACGUGGUGAAAGAACACAGCGACAAGGUCAAGAUAGUUUCCUGCAUUGCAGAGUUGGAAGGCGAGGCUAGUGCAAGCUCACCCAAGCCAGAUUCUCCCUCUGCUUCCCAAAGCCCGACUAGAUCAAAGAUGAAUUCCACUGGAAAGGAAGAGUCGGGAGGAAAAACAGCAGCAGAAAAGACAGACAAGUCUGUGCCUGAGAUCUCAUCCUUUCAACAUGCACAGAUUAGUGCAGUAACACCCAACAGCACGGGUUCCUCCAUUUUGUCUAAGAGGUUUGCUUCAUCUGAUGUCUCCAAAAGUGUCAUAGAGAUGGAUGCCAACCUACUCAAUGAGGACUCCAGGAGCAGCUUAGAGGACGAUGAUGAUGAUGAUGAAGAGCUGGGUGAUAUCGAUGAUCCAAGCUACACAGGGACCCUGUCAGCGGAUGCAAAGCAGCUUUUAACUGAUGAUGAUAAUAAAUUACUGGAGACUAAAGGUAUACCAUUUAGAAAGUACAUGAACAGAUUCCAGUGCCCCUUCUGCUCCUUCCUCACCAUGCACCGGCGAAGCAUCUCCCGCCACAUUGAAAACAUUCACCUUUCUGGUAAAAACACAGUGUAUAAAUGUGAUGAAUGCCCAUUUAUUUGCACCAGCCCUCUUAAACUAGGCACGCACAAGCAGAGCCACAAUUCCUCAGAUUUAGAGACCAUGGAUCUAACAAGUGACAGCCCUGAUCCUCAGAAUGACAAUGCUGCAGACCCAGUUAACGGGGGUAAUGUAAGCUCCAAAGUUAAUGGAAAGAAGAUUACCAGCACGCCGAACGACCAGCAGAACCCACAUCGCUGCACGCUCUGCAGCUUCUCUACCACCACUCUGAAAGGUCUCAGGGUUCACCAGCAGCAUAAGCAUUCCUACUGUGAUGACCUAGACGCCACUGUCUUUGAAAGCCAGCUGACUGACCAGCCAGACUCAGAAGUGGACGCUUCUCCAAUCUUUCUACAAAAAACCCAGACCUCCAUUUUAGGACUUGCCACCAAAAAACCCUUAGUAACAGGGAAAAGAGCCAGAAAGUCCAUUAAUGACUUACCUUUGGAUUUGUCCUCAGUUAAGAAGAGAACUAGAAUUGAUGAGAUUGCCAGUAACCUUCAAAGUAAGAUAAGCCAAAGCCAACAAGACAUGAUCAUCAACCUAGAUGACUUAGAUGAUGAAGAUGCAGGGGAAAAUCACACCAGUACUGAUAAAGAGGACAGAGAGCAUGACAAUAAAAACCCUGUGUUUACUUAUAACACACAACAACUUCAUGGAAGAGAAUCAUUGAUCUCUCACGAGGGAGGCAGGAUAGGGAAAAGAAAAAGCAACCCUAAGUCUAAACCUAGAAACAUUCCUAUAUCCCUCACUCUCUCAGAUGAUAGUGAAAACAUCUCAGCUGACCCCAGUGACAGUACUAUCCAAGACAAUGCUGAUUAUUCAGAAGAACCGGGAACUACACGUUUCUACUGUAAACACUGUGAUUACCACAACAAAUCAGCUCGUAGUGUCAGCACCCAUUACCAGAGGAUGCACCCUUACAUCAAGUUCAGUUUUAAAUACAUCCUGGAUCCUGAGGACCAGAGUGCGGUCUUUCGCUGCUUGGAAUGCUACAUUGAAUACACAAAUUACAACGAUCUACACCAACAUUACAUGGAUCACCAUCCUGAAGCAAGCAAUGUGCUCAACUUCAACCAACCAAAUCUGGUAUACAUGUGCCGCUUUUGUUCAUAUACAAGCCCCAAUGUCAGGAGCCUAAUGCCCCAUUACCAAAGAAUGCAUCCUACAGUAAAAAUUAACAAUGCUAUGAUAUUCUCCAGCUAUGUAGUGGAGCAGUCCCACAAGACAGGUGAAUCUCAAACCCUGAGGGAAAUAUUAAACUCUGGCCCUAAGAAUUUUAACUCAGCCACACCAUCCCCCAGGGCCUCCUCUAGCCCAGUGCUGAAAACUGUCGCCAAGACCACUGAAGCCAGCGGUGAGACAGAUCCUCUCAAAGAAUCGAUGGGUGGCAAUGUUGUUGUCUAUGAUUGUGAUGUGUGUUCUUUUGCUAGUCCAAACAUGCACUCUGUUUUGGUCCACUAUCAGAAGAAACACCCAGAGCAAAAGGCGUCUUAUUUCCGUAUACAGAAAAACAUGAAGGUCAUCUCAGUGGAUCAGUCACAAUCUGUUGCAAACUCUUCAUAUAAUCUCAGCAUGACCACGCCUCCGAAACAGCCAAGUGUGGCGUUGUAUGGAUCGGAUGAAGAAAUGUACUACUGCAAACACUGCGUGUACAGCAACAGAUCGGUUGUUGGUGUCUUGGUCCAUUAUCAAAAGAGACAUCCAGAAGUGAAAGUGACAGCAAAAUAUAUCAAACAUGGUGCCCCAACACCUGGUUUGAUGAAAUUAAUGGAUGAAUUGCAAAUUGCAGCACCAAAGCAGUUUUUGAAACAGUUUCAAAACAAUGGUCACGAUGGAUCUAACAACUCAAGCCCUAAACAAGGAAGUGGCGAGAAGGGUGAGGAUGAGUUAUUCUUUUGUCAGCACUGUGAUUAUGGCAACCGCACUGUAAAAGGUGUGCUUAUUCAUUACCAGAAGAAGCACAGGGAAACCAAGGCCAACGCUGACCUUGUACGUCGUCACACGGCUGUAGUCCGGAGUCAGCGUGAGCGUGCACAGAUGGUUCAGUCGAGCAGCAUCUCUUCUGCUGCAAUCCCAGCCCCUACAGACACUGAAAAUGCUACACCCCUGCGUUCCCUGAAGUGCAGACACUGUUCUUACACAUCCCCCUAUGUCUAUGCCCUAAAGAAGCAUCUGAAGAAAGAGCACCCCACUGUGAAAGCCACAGCCAUGACAAUUUUACACUGGGCAUACCAAGAUGGCAUUUUGGAGGCUGGCUACCACUGUGAGUGGUGCAUUUACUCCCACGCUGAACCCCAAGGCCUGCUGCUCCAUUACCAAAGACGCCAUCCUGAGCACAACGUCGAUUACACAUACAUGGCCAGCAAACUAUGGGCUGGUCCAGAGACCACCCAACAAGGGGGCAAUCUGGAAACUAAACAUUACAAAUGCAGAGACUGUGCCUUUGAGGCCUGUACAAUAUGGGACAUCACUAGUCACUACCAGGCAGUCCACCCAUGGGCCAUAAAAGGGGAUGAAUCUGUGCUUUUGGAUAUCAUCAAAGGAAACGGAUCAGCUGAAAAGAUCCACCAGCAGGUUGCCAAAGAACAUACGUCUUUCAAUUGCCAGUCUGUUGAAGAUGAUGGAUCACUGGUCAUUGCCACCACACCUCAAGAAAGCCAUCCCCAUCCUCCCCACCCACGUCUUUCUAUUUCUAACAAUCCUUAUCAGUGUACUGUAUGUCUGUCCGAGUACAACAGUCUGCAUGGCCUUCUCACUCACUAUGGAAAGAAGCACCCAGGCAUGAAAGUAAAAGCUGCAGAUUUUGCACAGGAGGCAGACAUCAACCCCAGUUCUGUGUAUAAAUGUCGUCACUGUCCAUAUGUCAAUUCCCGAAUCCAUGGUGUCCUAACUCACUAUCAGAAAAGACACCCGUCAGUGAAAGUCACUGCAGAAGACUUUGCAGAUGAUAUAGAGCAAAUCCCUGACUUAAAUGAAGGAGAUGACAAGUGCAAAACUCAAAGGCAGGGCUACGGUGCAUACAGAUGCAAAAUGUGCCCGUAUACACAUGGGACACUGGAGAAACUCAAAAUCCAUUAUGAGAAAUGUCACAAUCAGUCGGUCUCUGAUAUGUUUACUGCCUCUGUGACAAAUUUCUCCUCCAGUAAAGAAACAGAGCCAGUAGCUGAAUGCAGUGCUGGUAAUAUAUCAAGCGCAGCAAAAGUCCAGGAGGUCAGUGAGUUGGACCUUGCCCUCUCCCAGUUACCCAUCAAUAAGACUGGGAAACAUGCUAUAUUCAAGUGUCAGCUCUGCAAAUACUUCUGCUCCACCAGGAAAGGCAUCGCUCGCCACUACCGUAUCAAGCACAACAAUGUCCGUGCCCAGCCAGAAGGUAAAAACAAUGUCUUCAAAUGCGCUCUGUGUUCAUACACAAACCCUAUACGCAAAGGACUGGCAGCACACUACCAGAAGCGGCAUGAUAUUGAUGCCUAUUAUACCCAUUGUCUGGCUGCUUCUAAGACCAUGGGUGAAAAGCCUAACAAAGUGAUGGCGCCCCCGCCAUCAGAAGGGGACAAUCCAGAGAUGAGUGAAGAUUUGCGUUUGGCUGUGGAGAGACGAAGGUGCUCUCUUUGUGCCUUCCAGGCCUUCAGCAGGAAGAGCAUUGUCUCACACUACAUUAAACGCCACCCAGGUGUCUUCCCCAAGAAGCAGCAUUCUAGCAAGCUUGGACGCUACUUUACUGUUAUAUAUGCCAAAGAACCUGAGAAGAUUGCUGUCAGUGCAAUGGCAGAAGAAGGCAAGGAAGUGCUAGAGGUUCCACUCGAACCUGAGCAGGACAGAGACGUUGAAUGGCUGCCAUUCAAGUGUUUGAAAUGCUUCCGGUUGUCCUUCAGCACAGGCGAGCUGCUCUCUAUGCACUACAACGACCACCACAGCAAUGACUUGAAGAGAGACUUUGUGGUAUCACCCGGCCCCGGGGACGAAGACUCUGAGUUGUACCAGUGUUCUCACUGUGAACUCAAGUUCCUGGCUCUCCCAGUUCUGGCCAAACAUCUAUUCAAUCACAAUGAGGAGUUUCAGAAGAGGGCCAUGAGGCAGGAGAGGAGGAGGCAGCUUCUCAGCAAACAGAAGGCCACAGAGAUACCUGAGACCAAACCUGAGAGGGAAAGCCCUGUAAAUAAAACUCCCAUAGGAUUCAGGUGUAACUUCUGCAUAGAGGUGCAUCCAACUCUCCGAGCCAUCUGCAAUCACCUAAGGAAGCACGUCCAGUAUGGAGAGGUCAAAGAGGGACAUGUCAAGCAUGAAGUCAGUGAGGUCCCCCUGACCCUGCCGUCACAGAGCCUAACUAACGGUGACCUGGAGGUGGAUGAAGUAGCAGAAGAAGAUGACCUUGAGAGACCUGCAGCUACAAUGAUGGGUCAUCCCUUAGUUUCCACAGCGUCUGUUGUUGCCACUGAGACACUGGAACAAGAAGCGGACGCUGUGGACGGAAGGGCUGCAGCCCUCGUGGCUGCAGCGAGGGCCGCGGUCUCAGAGGACCACCUGAAGCAGCGACUAGCAGCAGGGGGUCACCCAUGUGCCCAGUGCGACCGAGUUUUCAUGUCCAUGCAGGGACUGAGGUCCCAUGAGAGGAGCCACUCAGCCAUGGCUCUGUUCAGCAGAGAAGACAAAUACAGCUGCCAGUACUGCCAGUUCGUCUCACCCUUCAGGCACAACCUGGACAGACAUAUGCAGUCUCACCACGGGCACCACAAGCCCUUCAAGUGCAAGCUCUGCCCCUUUAAAUCUGCCUAUGUGAGUCGCUUGAAGAGCCACCUGCAUAAGGCACACACAGGUGAGCAGCACACAUACAAGUGCUUGUCGUGCCCCUUCUCCUCCAUGACCAUCAGCCAGCUGAAGGAGCACUCACUGAGAGACCACGGUGAGGCCCUGACCCUCCCCAAACUCCGGGCCGCUACCCAGGCUGCUCAUGCCACCCUGAGGCCCUCCCGGCUGGCCACUAACACAGAGCAGACUCCGUUGGCUCCAGAUGAUCCAUCAUACGUGGAGCCAGCGGAUGUUCGUCAGCAGCUUAGUCAUUACCAGCUGGCCUCCCGCAGUCAAAUGUCUUCCCGCUCAACACCUGGUGGCUCUGCAGUGGCUGACAAUCGACCAGACGGUGUCCUCACUUGUGAGUUCUGCGAGUUCAGCUCUGGAUACAUGCAGAGCCUACGUCGGCACUACAGGGACCGCCACGGUGGAAAGAAGCUCUUCAAGUGCAAAGAAUGUUCCUUUUUCACCUGCUACAAGAAUACCUUCACCAUGCAUGUGGAGGCCGGUCACAACAACAGUGCCCCCGAUAACCUCCCCAAAGACUUGCGCUGCCCUCUCUGCCUCUAUCACACCAAGCACAAGAGCAAUAUGAUUGACCACAUUGUCCUGCACAGAGAGGAGCGUGUAGGUCCGCUGGAGGUCAGCCGCUCCAAGCUGUCACGCCACCUUCAGGGCCUGGUGUUCCGAUGCCACAAAUGCACCUUCACAUGCUCCAGUGACCAGGCCUUGCAGAUGCACCUGCAGAAGCACGCUGAGAUCAAACCGUACCAGUGCCAGCUCUGUUAUUUUGACAGCAGUCGACGAAGCCAGCUAGAGGAGCAUCUACGCCUUGAGCACAAGGUUAUCCGGAACUUUGAGCUGAUGGGCCGGGUAAACCUGGACCAGCUGGAGAUGAUAAAGGAUCAAGAGAGCAGUGCCGAAGAGGAGGAAGAAAGAGAAAUGAUGGAGAUGGAGAUGCUUGGAGGUGAAAAAGUAGCUGCUACAGGGGGGGAGGUGGAGGAGGAGGAGGAUGACGAGGAUGACGACGAAGGAAUGGAAAUGAUGGAGAGCAUAGUGCAGGAACAGAGAGAGAUGGGCGAUGAAGAGAUGGAGGACAACAUCAAAGAAGAAGAAGAGGAGGAGGAGGAAGAAGAUGAAGAGGAAGUCAAGGAGGUGGAGGAAGAGAGGCCUGUCCUACAAGAGGUCCUUGCAUCUCCCACCAGCAGCACCAACAGCACCUCUGGACCUGGGGGUGUAGAGAAGCGUCUUCCCUGUGAGUUUUGUGGCCGCUGCUUCACCAACAGCCUCGAGUGGGAACGGCAUGUCCUGCGUCAUGGCAUGAUGGUUAACAACAGCCGAAUGGACACCAGCACCGCCCCCGCAAUAGAGGCCUCAGCUUCAUCUUCCACUGGCCCCUCCCUGGACACAGGAUUGGACCUGUCCAGCAAUGGAAAAGAGGAAGGUGAUCUGUCCCUUAGAAGUCAAAGUCAGUAUGUGGAAGACAAAGAAAUGCUUGACACCAAAAAGGAUCAACAGUUUGGUUGAACUGAUUGUGGCCUCUUGGGAUAUUGUACUAGAAACUGAUAGCAAUGGGUAGGAUCAGCACUGAGUUGAAUCUUAAAAUAGGAUGUCAAAGGAAGCGAAAAAACUGAAACUGAAAAAAGUGACUUCUUGUAAGUUGGCGCGUUAAUAGAUUUUAGGUGUUACAUAUUUAAGUAUUAGGUUGUGCUGCAUAAAACGGCUGAGCUCUUUAAAUGGGCAGUCCCCUAGGACAGAUUUUAAUAUAUUGGUAACCAAUAGUGAACAGAACUCUUUAUUGCUGACAUUCUGGUCAAAUCUACAGUGAAAGAUCCCACCUAGAUAAAACUAAGAUAUUUAUAAAGAAUGUUGUCCAAAAUGGUAAACUAAAUUUAGCAUUUUAUGAAUUGAAGCACCUUUUAUACCCCCCCUCCCCCUCACCACCCAAUCCCUGCUCAUCCAAAACAGGGUUAUUGUAAAUUUACAUAAAGUAAACAAACAAAAUAUUAAAGCAUUUACAACCGUGGCCCGCUGUAGAGAUACCUUUCGUUUCUUGUUAAACUCUGAGACCCUUUUCAUCUUAGCCUUGUGUUAAAUGUGUAGAAGUAUUCCUUGGGGAAGAGUCGCACCUUAUCUAUUUUAGUGAAAUUACAAACUUGUUUUCUUCAUUUGUAGAAAUACUGACAAUUUCCCCUGAUGUUUGUAGCAAAUUGCUAUAUUUUAGGUCCCUUAAUAUUAUACUGCGUAUAAGCCUUCAGCCUGUGGCACCCUUAUCAUUUUGACCGUUCUCUGUUAUUGUCCAGUAAUCUCACCGACGUGAUGAUCUUUUAAGGAAUGGAAUUAGUUAAAAUCUCCCCUCCCCUGUAGGAUAUGAAGUUGUUUGGAGUCCAGGUUAAGCAAAAUCACAGUUAACUUGCGCUCUUUUCAGCUCAAUAUAACAGCAGAGAUAUGUUCAAUGUGUCAUGACUCUAUCCAUAUGAUGUAGCUAUCCGUUAAGCUUAGCAUAGCAAGAGUUAGCCUGAAACAUCACUACGGGUUUUAACAACACUGGUGUAAUAUCAUAUCAUCAUGAUCUGUAGACAGAAAUUACACUUGUCUUUUCAGGGAAAAAAUUGGAUAUGAUACAGUCAAACUCUGUCCUCAUACUAUCUGUGCAUCCACAAAUUAUAAAUAAAUGAUCUGUUAAAAGACAUAUUACGAAUAGGUCAAUAAAGCAGAACCAGGUUGCCCUUGAGUGUGGCCUGGCUGACUGGAUUGUAUUGUGCAAAAACCAAGUUGACUACCAAGGCUGAGUGUUGAAGCCAGUGCCCAAGUGCCUUAAAAUUCACUGAUACUAUAUGGCUAUAAAUGGCUAUAAUUGCUUUAACAAAGAAAAAAAACUGGUUUGAAGUACCUGGAAAUCACCCAACUUCUCUCUCAAAAUAAAAUUUCACAAGAAUCUUUGGCCUUAUUUCACUUAUUUCACUUCUUCUAAUGUGUGUCUUAGUGGCAAUUUGGAAAGUUUUUGUUGAAUCUGAAAGGUCACAUUAGAUUAAGUUAGAUUUGACUUCAUUGUGGCUGCAUUAUAAAUACCAAUACCAGUUGUAACAUUUCUGAUUCUAAGAUUGGAAGAUUGUCUGGAGAGAAAGGUUAUGCUAUUUAUGAAGAAAUGCUGCUUGUGAUUUCUAUAAGUGUGUUUUUUUAACACUGUGAGCACCUCAAAUGGAAUUCUAUAUAAUAGGUGUGUUUGGAACCAUGUUUCUUUGAUUGACAGAUGUCUCUGCCUUUCACAGUCAGCCAUGGUGAUUACCUCAAUUCCAUCCAGGUUCCUCCACAUCACCCGAAUUUGUGUUUUCGGUAUCCAAAUGACUGCCAGUCUGGCAUCAAGGUUUAAGCUCAAAUCUUGUGCUUUAAAAUGUUUCUUCAGAAACUUAUGGCAGAUGCCACAGUUUUCCUACCGCCUGUCAUCCAGUUUUGAUGUGAUGAGAUACACUGAAAAGACAAGUGUAAGCAGGUCAGAAAGCCCUAAGAACAUGUGUUUCCACGGGCAGUGUAUAAAGUAUAUUUGCCACCAGGACUGUGUUGAAGAUUGGUGUCAAAUUUCCCAACUUUAGCCCCUUUAAAUUUUCAUCCUGUAUUGACACGGCCUGCAUUUGUGUGCUUCUUUUUAGACAAAGUUGUCACGUUGUUGUUGAUACUGAUAAAAGGCAGAGAUUGUAUUGUUGGAAGUUGCUGCUUGAAUGCCCUAAAGCCUUAUAAGAUGAUAAAUAGCAAUUAAGUCAAAUUUAGGUCCACUUCCAUUAAGACCAAUGAGGAACAACAAAAGAGUCUAAAAUAAAAUGGCUGAUUACUACAAUAUCACAUUUGUAGAAGAGCGCAAUUUAUGUAAUUGUGUUCUUGGCACUAAAAUACUUACCUAUCCUGCUGUGUUUGCUGCUGUGAUUGUCCUUCCUGAACAUUGAACCAUUGAUGGAAAUGGGAAAUCUGGGUUUGGAUCAUAGAAUUUUGGAAUUAGAGUUCUACAGGUGGAACCCAGGUGAACUACAUGUUUGCAGCCAUGUAUAGAAAACAAAACUACUUGUUAAGUGUUUGAACUGUGGUGUUUCAGAAAGGAUACGUUAACCCCUUUUCCUUUAGGUGUUCUUUUAAAAAAAAGAAGAAAAAAAUAAAUCUUAAGAUGAUAGCUAACCCUCAGGGGCUUUUUGAGUCCCCAAUCCAACAUUAUUACACUGUUGUACAAUGUCUGGUUACAAUGAAAAUUAUCUCCUUUUUUGUACUGUAAUGGGAUUGAGCAGAAAGGAAGAGCAGUGUGGUUGUUCAAUAUUUAAACACAAAAUGAUACAGUUCUCUACUAAUCAACAGCCAGUGCUUUUAUUGUGAAGGAGAAAAACAUGGCAAGGUCAGAGACAAGAAAAAAAUGUCCAGAAAUCCAGAAUUUGCUUGGUCCUUUACUGGGAUUGACCACCAUGUGGGUUCCCAGCAAAACUAGAGAUACCUUUGAGAUCUAGCUCGCUCAUGUCUAGUCUGAAAUGUGACACUCCAGUAUCUUCUUUCCAUGACCGCUAAGGGCAUCAGCUCACUUGCCCAAGUAGGCCUGCCCAUAGUCUACCCAGGUGGGAAUGUAGCAGCCCCACUAUGCUCCUCAGUCCUUGUUAAUAUCCAGAAAACCGAUUGAGUUGGUGCUGAAUCUCAAAGCCCAUUUUCUGUUUUUCAGGACCAGCUUGUAGCUUUUUGGAAGUAAAAACUGUUAGACAACUGUUGUAAAAAAAAUAAUAAGCUUUUUAAGGCAGCUUGUUGCCCAGAUUGAAAGUCCAGUGUAAACCAGAUGAUAAACUUGGAUGAUCUAUGUAAUGAAGCUGUCAACCCAAAAUUGUUUGUUGGUCUGUGAUCAUUUUAAUAGAAAAUGACUAUGAAGCCCUCACUGUGUGCAGUCUCCUGACUGUAAUAUUCCCAGUUUACCCAAAGGUACACCCCUGCUGACAACACACUGGAUACUUGUAUAUAUGUUUGGUUUCUUUCCAAUGCAUUUCUCUUUUCAGACUGUUGUCUCCAUAGUUUGACACUAGAGUCUCUCCUUCUUGCCUUUCUUCCCAUAUAAAUCUGAUUACCUGAUGGUGGGUUGUGAUGUUGCCUAGAAUGAUUGUUUACAAUUUUAUUCCAUUUAUCUCUGGAUAUUCUGUAAAUAUUGUAAUUCAUUGUCUUUUUUUAACUUGAUAAUAAAGUUAUCAGAUAACAGUUAA